AGCGCUGGUCAUGUGAUCAGCUGCGCUCUCGCGGUGUGCGCUGAAGACGAUGGCGGGCUGCGGAGGCGGGUUGUGUUGUCAGGGCUGCUGCAGCGAAGGCGACACAAGAACACCAGAGGAGCUGACAAUACUGGGUGAAACCAGAGAAGACGAGGAUGAAAUAUUGCCGAGAAAAGACUAUGAGAGUUUGGAUUAUGACCGAUGCAUAAAUGAGCCAUUCCUGGAGGUUUUGGAGGGGUUGGAUAAUAAGAAAGCCAGAAAGUAUGAAGCGAUAAAGUGGAUUUUGGUUUUUGCGAUCGGAGUGUCAACAGGACUGACUGGCCUGUUUGUUGAUUUCUUCGUGCGGCUCUUCACUCAGCUAAAGUUCAGCUUGGUUGGACAAUCUGUGGAGGAAUGCAGUGAGAAUGGCUGUCUAGCUCUCUCCUUACUGGAGCUGCUGGCUCUCAAUGUGAUGUUCAUAUUCAUCUCCAGCGUUCUGGUGCUCGUUGAGCCUGUUGCAGCUGGGUCUGGUAUCCCAGAAAUUAAAAGUUACCUGAACGGAGUAAAGAUUCCAGGCAUUGUGCGGCUGCGGACCUUCAUAUGUAAGGUCACAGGAGUCCUGUUCGCUGUUGCUGGAGGAUUGUUUGUGGGUAAAGAGGGACCAAUGAUUCACAGUGGAGCGAUACUAGGAGCAGGGCUUCCUCAGUUUCAGAGUAUCACCUUCAAGAAGAUCCGCUUUCACUUUCCCUAUUUCCGUAGUGACAGGGACAAGAGGGAUUUCGUGUCAGCGGGUGCAGCGGCUGGAGUUGCGGCUGCCUUUGGGGCACCUAUAGGGGGCACCCUCUUCAGUCUGGAGGAGGGGUCGUCCUUCUGGAACCAGGCUCUCACAUGGAAAGUGUUGUUCUGCUCCAUGUCUGCCACUUUUACACUCAACUUCUUUCGUUCUGGGAUCAACUUCAAUAAAUGGGGAUCAUUCCAGCUGCCUGGCCUGCUCAACUUUGGAGAGUUUAAGGUAAAAAAGCUUCAGAAAAUAACAUUAAAGCCCCUUAAUUAUAUGCAUUCACAUUGUGUUGGGUCUGUAAAUGAGGAGGUGAACUCAACCAUACGACGCUUCUUCUGCUACAACAACACAUAUAAUGACAUGGCAACCCUGUUCUUCAACCCUCAAGAGGUUGCAAUCCACCAGCUCUUCCACCAGAAUGCUACCUUCAGUCCCGUCACGCUCUUGCUGUUCUUUGUGCUAUAUUUUUUUCUGAGCUGUUGGACAUAUGGUGUGUCUGUCCCCAGUGGACUGUUUGUCCCGUCUCUUCUCUGUGGAGCUUCACUUGGGCGCCUAGUGGCCAAUGUCCUCAAAAUCAACUUUCACAUGCAAGUAUAUGCGGGGACCUUUGCCUUGAUUGGAGCAGCUGCUUUUCUAGGAGGUGUGGUCAGAAUGACCAUCAGCCUGACAGUCAUAUUAAUUGAAUCGACCAAUGAGAUCACAUACGGACUUCCCAUUAUGAUAACACUGAUGGUGGCCAAGUGGACAGGCGAUUUCUUUAAUAAGGGAAUAUAUGAUAUUCAUAUUCACCUGAAGGGAGUCCCGCUGCUGGAGUGGGAAACAGAGGUCGAGAUGGAUAAAUUAACGGCCAGUGACAUCAUGGAGCCCAACCUGACGUAUGUGUAUCCUCACACCCGUAUCCAGUCUCUGGUCAGCAUCCUGAGGACCACCGUCUAUCACGCUUUCCCCGUCGUCACCGAGAACAGAGACAAUGAGAAGGAGUUCAUGAAGGGCAAUAUCCUCAUAAGCAACAAUAUCAGAUUUAAGAAAAGCAGCGUGUUGACGCGUGCGGGGGAGCAGAGGCGGAGGUGUCAGUCCAUGAAAUCAUACCCGUCAAGUGAGCUGCGCAACGUGUGUGACGAGCAGACUGCUGUGGAGCCGGCAGAGGAAGGGCAGGACAUCCUUCAGCAGAUGCUGGAGAGGAGACAUGUGCCGUACCCAAACCUGUACCCGGACCAGUCUCCCAGUGAGGAGUGGACCAUGGAGGAGAGGUUUCGGCCGCUCACCUUUCACGGGCUCAUCCUGCGCUCCCAUCUCGUCAACCUGCUGAUCUGCGGCGUCUGCUACGCUGAAAACCAGUCGAGCGCCUCACAGCCACGGCUCUCACAUUCAGAGAUGACUGAGGAUUACCCACGAUUCCCUGACAUCCACGAUCUCGACCUGGCCCUUCUCAAUCCACGCAUGAUUGUGGACGUGACUCCUUACAUGAACCCCUGUCCAUAUACAGUCUCUCCAAAUACACACGUCUCCCAAGUAUUCAAUCUGUUCAGGACCAUGGGGCUUCGACACUUACCUGUAGUCAAUGCUGUGGGAGAGAUCGUGGGAAUAAUCACCAGGCAUAAUCUUACCCAUGAGUUUUUAGUUGCUAAACUCCGACAGCAUUACAUCACAAUCUAAGACUCCGUUCACGAUCGAGCACCCACCUUAUUACCCAGUAAUGGCUUCCUCGAGAUGAGAAGAGCCGAAUGCUCCGGGACCUGAGACUAGAUCGCCUCUGAACCUGAACCCCGCUUCAGGUCGCACCCUAAAGCCAUUCCUAGUAUCUGCGUGGACAGCCAGAGGUCGGCACCUGACCCGACACAAACACACCUCAUGCUAGCACUAAUGCAGGUGAGGUCCUGUUCAUCAACACUCGCUGCCUGUGCUUUAUCGCCCUCACUGUAGCACUUUUAAUUUAGUCUCUCUGAGUUCUGAAUGUUUUCAUUGUGCUCACCAUUUCUGUGUAUUCCUGAACGUUUGCUUUUGCACAAAGACUGAUAGAAACCACUGACCAAUCCCCGGUCAAAAGAUUGAAUGUCAUGAAAACCGUCAAGAACAUGUCUGGGUCGUGUUUCAUCCUUAAAUCAAGCAAAAAUCAUAUUCCUUUCUUUUGAAGAAAAUCAUUUUUAGGACCUUUAAGAUUUUUAGUACCAUGUCAUUAUUUUGAUGACUGUUAAGCACAUUUCCCCCAAAUUAACAAUAUAUAUUUUUAUUACUGCA